CCGGUGUGAGUCUUUUCCUCCAUCUUCCUCCAUCCUGGCACUUGCCUUCAUCCUGGUCCCUGUGAAGUGCCCGUACCCAAAACAGGAAAUUUGAGUAUGAACGCAGGAGAUGUCUCAGGUGCCGUUACCCUGGACUCAGUCAAUUCUGUCACCCUCACCCAGGACACUGAUGGCAACAUCAUCUUGCACUGUGGUCAAGACGACGAUGGCGAUUUGGGGUCAGAUGACGAGGCAGAACCGAUUCACAAACGUGUGCGACUGUCCAAUGAGGAGGCAGACGACUCUCCGGCCACUCCCCCCAGCUACUCUGUGGUCACACUUCCAAUUUCAGAGAGUGAUGAGAGCUUCGAGCUGACAAUGACCGCUACAGAGAUGAAAGAUGAAUUGGAUCCGGAGAGUGAAGCUCAAACGCAGGAUAAGAACUCGUCCUCCCCACGGAAAAGUGAUGAUGUGUCAGCUGUAAGUCAAGCUUGGUUUACUACAAAAGAGGACAAGGACACACUAGUAAACAAAGGUCAUAAGUGGAAACAGGGUAUGUGGUCAAAAGAGGAGAUUGAUAUACUGAUGAAUAACAUCGAUAACUACCUCAAGAAGCGUGGGAUCCAGGACCCCACAGAGAUCAUCUUUGAGAUGUCAAAGGAGGAGAGGAAGGAUUUCUACCGCAGCAUUGCCUGGGGUUUGAAUCGUCCGCUUUUUGCCGUGUACCGACGCGUGCUACGAAUGUAUGACAAUCGCAACCAUGUAGGCAAAUACACUCAAGAGGAGAUUGAAAAACUGAAAGAGCUCAGACAGAAGCAUGGGAACGACUGGGCCACCAUUGGUGCAGCUCUCGGCCGCAGCGCUUCGUCAGUAAAGGACCGCUGUCGACUCAUGAAGGACACCUGCAACACAGGCAAGUGGACCGAAGAGGAGGAGAAGAGGCUGGCAGAAGUGGUACAUGAGCUGACGGGCACCGAGGCAGGCGACGUGGUGACCCAGGGCGUCUCGUGGGCGUUGGUGGCCGAUCUGGUGGGCACGCGCUCGGAGAAGCAGUGCCGCUCCAAGUGGCUGAAUUACCUGAAUUGGAAACAGAGCGGCGGCACAGAGUGGACCAAGGAGGACGACAUGUGCCUCGUGCUCAGGUCUGGGAUCGUUGAGCUAGGGGUGGAAGAUGAAAACGAAAUUAACUGGGAUGUUCUGGCCGAGGGGUGGAGCAGCGUGCGCUCGCCUCAGUGGCUUCGCAGUAAGUGGUGGAAUAUAAAACGACAAGUGUCCAAUCACAAAGAUCUUCCCUUUCCUGUGUUGUUAAAAGGAUUGCAAGAUGUGGUGGAGGCUCCUUCGUCUGCAGUCAACAAGGUUGUGGUGGUGGGCUCGCGCUCUGCUAGCGCCUCCCCCAGCCCGGUCGCUGCGCUGCAGAUCCCCGUCCAGAUCCCCGUCCAGAUCGCACACGUGGCCUCUUCUGACAGUGCGAGUGGCGCUUCUGAUGGUGGGACCAUUACCCUGAAUUCUGGAGCCCUGCAAACCUUCGAACUUUUGCCAUCCUUCCACUUGCAGCCCACUGGAACUCCUGGUACCUACUUGCUGCAGACGGGGUCUAAUCAGGGCCUGCCACUCACGCUGUCUGCUAAUCCUACUGUGACACUUACAGCUGCAGCGUCCCCGGGCUCACCGGACCAGAUUAUCCUACACAGCCUUACUGCGGACAGUCUGAGUGAGAAUGUUACAGUGCAGAUGUCUCACCCUGGUAUCAUCAUUCAAACUGUGACCUCAGAAGACCUCUCGGACCCUCUGAACCAAUCGGAGCUAGCAGUCGAGCAGGAUUUGGCCAAUGAGGAAACUGCUGAAGGUUCCGAGGGCCCAAAGCAGAGGGAGGAGUCUAGUGAGAAGAGCUCAAAAGCCAUUCAGGAAGUCUUGACAGACAAGCCUCUGGGUUCUAAGGUGAAGGAAGAAGUGGAGAAUUCUGGGAUAGCUAAAGGUGCCGUGCUGAUUGUCCCAUCGCCGAGCAGCUUCAUCCCGUCCAGUGACAUCACCUCAGACUCUGUGCUUCCCCUUGGAACACUGACGGAUCCCAUUUUGCAGAACCAGGAAGAAGGCUCAGACUAACGUCUCCCUUGCAAUGGAGGUGCUGGCUCUGAAAACAGGGCCGUAGAACUCUAUCAGCUACAACUCUAGUCCAGUGUGGGAAAACGCUGCAUGUUGGUUAUGGACAGACAGGCUGCCAUUCUGAAUUCAUCUUCUCAGUAUUGAAGUAUUGCAGGUAGCAUACAUGGGCCUUCUUAAGACUUGGCAGUUUGUUCAAUCUAGAAGAAAGGAAAUUGUGCUAAAAUAGAUCAAUGAAUUGCCAUACCAGAUCCUAACACCCCUAAAAGGGUGUUAGAUUUGACAAACUGAUUCUAGUAUUUUUGAACAUUUUGAGCCAGUUGUCACAAAUGGUUUACUUUUAUGCAUAAAAAACAUACCUCUUUUUUUUUUUCUUUUUUUUUCUCCAGUAUAAAAUCUAUACAUUUGUCAUAACUCUGACAUGGACAUGAAGGUAAAGUUUUUGAUGGUGCAUUUAAUACAAUUCUCACACUGUUUUGAAAUAUAAAUAUUUUAAUGUGUUUCUGAAUACAAUUCUCCCACAUACUAUUCUUAUUUUAUGGAACUUUUCAAGAUGCACUGGUUUCAUGUUCAGUUACUGAAACAAAGUCUUGUGGACAGCCAUUAAUUUAUCAAUGGGAUACAUUUUCUAUGCGAGAUGCUGUUUUUGUGUUUAUUUAUUGAAUAAACAAAAUGUCAUUCAC